GCAGUUCCAACAAGUAGAAGCGCGUGUAUCAUUACAUGCGCUCGGCAUUUAGAGUUUCGGAACGCCACCUGCCAUUUCAUGUACCGACUACCUCCUACCCCUCUAUCGAUACUCCAGAAUCAUACGCAAACUCGCGGGCUCCAUUCUUGACAGCACUCUACGCCCAAAAGAGUUGUUCUGUUGUUGGCUGCUGUCCAACGUCAAGCACAUUUUGCCGAAAUUAGUGUCGCCUGCUCCUUUGCUGUCGCGGGACUGACACCUGUAGAGGAGCUGCCACGAAAAGCCGGGCUUUGCCCGCUGCGUUGGACCUUUGCAGCUGCGCAGUUGCUCGUCUGGUCUGAUCUGAUCCGAGAGACGAGCUGAGUGAGGGCGCUUGGAACUCGGAAAGGGCGAAAGAUGAGGAUCGCGUGCCUUCAGUUUGCGCCGCAUGUUGCAGAUGUGGAAAACAACCUCAGCAAGGCGGACGAGAUCCUGAAUCAGGUUGACGCGGAAAGCUUGGAAAUAGACCUUUUGGUGCUGCCCGAGCUGGCCUUUACUGGCUACAACUUCAAGUCUCUGGCCCAUAUAUCUCCCUAUCUCGAAGAAUGCAGCACAGGGAUUAGCUCUCUCUGGGCUCGAAAUACGGCCCUCAAGCACGACUGUACUGUUGUCGUUGGCUACCCCGAAAAGGUAGAUCCGGCGCUCAACUGGCCCACGGACCCCCAGUAUUACAAUUCUGCUAUUACUGUUAAUGGCGAUGGUGAGACGGUGGCCAACUAUCGCAAAGUACAUCUUUAUUACACCGAUGAGACUUGGGCUCUAGAGGGUUCACAUGGUUUCCUUGCACAGCGAAUACCUGGCCUGGGCCAAACUGCCAUGGGAAUUUGCAUGGAUUUGAACCCUUAUAAGUUUGAAGCUCCAUGGAACAAAUUUGAAUUCGGGCAACAUGUCUUGAACAGUGGCGCUCGUCUCGUCGUAGUUCCUAUGGCGUGGCUCACUAAUGACGAGCAGCAAGAGUUCUUGAGCGCUCUUCAAGAUCCCGACACUAUGAGCUUACUGUACUGGGUAUCACGUCUUGAGCCACUGAUUCGCGCACAAUCGAACCAGGAGGUCAUUGUCGUCUUUGCCAACCGCUGUGGUACGGAAGGUGAAACGACAUACGUUGGUACCAGUGCUGUGAUAGGUAUUCAGUCUGGUGAAAUUUAUGUCUAUGGCAUCAUGGGCCGCGGAGAGACGGGCCUCCUCGUGGUUGAUACGGAUUCUGAGCCGUACGCGAGGUUGGCAUAUCAGCCACUUCAGCCAGUUGUCCGAUCGGAUAACGACGGCUCGCCCGAGUUGGAAGCAGGCUCACGCAACAAUACAGCCCAGUUUAACGACUCUCAAAAUGAAGCUUGGGAAAGUCCUGAAAGGCCCAAGGACCGUCUCACUAGUUCUGCCCAUCAACGAGAAAAUGACUUACACGCCUGUUACGGGAAUGCGGCGAAUAAUGUCAACGAACGACAGCAUCAUCAAUCUUCAAAAUAUGACGAGGAGCAUGAUUACCACAGCUCAAAUAGACCCCAAGCCAACCAUGUGCCGCGGGUACCAAGUCGCAAGCUGAACAUCGAAUCUUUACAGCUGGACAUUCCAGCCGACCAAUACAUGCUCCGACGGUACCUUGAGUCGGAAUCUCCGGUAUCUCAUAUAGAUACAUUUAACCCCUCGAUACAGUCCAUCACGUCCCCAGAGCCAUUUCGAGGAUUGCGGAAAGACCGGGAUGAUUAUGUGGCAUUUUAUCCUGACAAUAUGGAAGAUGAGAAACGAUUCAGCAUGCGAUCUGACGUGUCCGUCUGGAAUAACCAACCAGGUCGACCUCGUCAAACCUCCGUCUCGUUGGUAGCCCCUUCUGGAUUACCACAUGUAGCAACUCAUGAGCGUUCUAGGAAUGUUGAGAUUGCGACUAGUACCCGACUGCAAGGGGGGAAUAAGUCGAGGAACAAGGCUCAUAGCCAGCGGCGAUCAUCUGAUUGGAAUAGCCGGCGUGACAGCGAAUAUGGGCAGCCGAUAUCGCGACAAUCGUCCCAUUAUCAUCUUCGAGAACAUUACAACCAAAGCCAGAAUGAUGAAAUGGCAAGAAGCUACUCGAGUAGUGCUGUGUUGCCGCUCCACCUGUUACAGUCUCACACAGCAUCACAGGCUACGCCAGACGAGGUUGGGAGAGGCAGGCGGCGUUCUUCUCACAAGCACCCAACGGACAGACGACGAGGAUCACGAAGCACGCAAAUGUCUAAUAAAGAGCCAAUCGACCUUUCGCAAUUCACCCUCAUCGAAGAAUAUCCGUCUGCUAGCUGCCCUGUGCACGGAAGCCGUCCUGCGUCGGGAACUAGACGCCAGAGCCAUUCGAAAGCCAGGGGUCGUUCGGGAAAUCGCUCGCAGGCUGUACCGGAGGCACAACCUGCUAGGAAACAGUCUAACCGGCGCAUGUCAUCGCAGAAUGAGAGCCACAGGAGUGGAUACGGCUUAUCACAUCGACCCAUUCACUCGACAAGACCUGAGUUAGAGCAUUUGACCAGAGAGAGAAAGAAGGAUGAGAGGGAGAGUUAUGAGGAACAUUCUGCUAAUAUUAUUUCUGGCCCAAAGACCCCUACUGCUAUGCUGCUGAUACCUGAUUUGGAACUACCUGAUGGCCUUGAGAAGACUUUUUCUUUGCUAAAAUGUGUGGAAAAAGCGCCAGAGCACAUUGUGAGACGGCGUGUGAGCUCAUUCUGGUAGAGAGUUUUACGUUUCUGGUUCACGGCUAGAAUCAUUUGUUAUCAGUUUGAUUGUAUUUAGCGAGUAUAUUGGCUUUAUAGAACGACCUUGGUAUAUAAUAGACGAAACAUGAAUGCCAUGGAUGUCUUGCUUGCCU